GCGGGGUGGUCGUGUUGCUAAAGACAGGACUGGAGUUGGCACCCGGUGAAGAACGCUAGAAAUUAACACACGUAUUUUUUCACUAGUUACAAUGUAAUGAAUUGAUACCUGCUUUGCAAUCAAUUUACUGGAAUAUAGACGCAUGAAACCGAGAUUCGAAAAUGCUAAUUAGCAUCAACAUAAACAUCAUGCAAGACUACAAAUCCCUGCAAGGUCCUGCAUGUCAUCGCUAACUGACACCUUUGCUAACAGGUUAGGUGUAUGAAGGGAGGACGUGGAGAGUGGUCCUGAAGAUGAGGCGUCUGUACAGGAAGAAAGCCCUGAGUCUGGUGAAGGAGCUGGAUGCCUUCCCCAAGGUCCCAGAGAGCUAUGUUGAGACCACAGCCACAGGGGGGACAGUGUCCUUGAUAGCAUUCACUGCCAUGGCACUGCUGGCCUUCUUUGAGUUCUUUGUGUAUCGGGAUACCUGGAUGAAGUAUGAAUACGAAGUGGAUAAAGAUUUUUCAAGUAAAUUGAGAAUAAACAUAGAUAUUACAGUUGCCAUGAAAUGCCAACAUGUGGGUGCAGACAUUCUGGACCUGGCAGAGACCAUGAUAACAUCAAAUGGCAUUCAGUAUGAGCCUGUGAUUUUUGAGCUGACCCCGCAGCAAAGACUGUGGCACAGGACUCUGUUGCUGAUUCAGAACAGGCUGAGGGAGGAGCAUUCUCUACAGGAGGUCUUGUACAAGAGUGUUCUAAAGGGAGCCCCUACGGCCUUGCCCCCUAGAGAGGGCACCGCCUCAGAGCCCCUAAGUGCCUGUAGGAUACAUGGGCACGUCUACGUCAACAAAGUGGCUGGGAACUUCCACAUCACAGUGGGAAAGCCUAUUCAUCACCCUCGUGGCCAUGCUCAUAUAGCAGCUUUUGUAAGCCAUGACACGUACAACUUCUCCCAUCGGAUAGACCAUCUGUCUUUUGGAGAAGAGAUCCCCGGCAUCAUCAAUCCUCUGGACGGAACAGAGAAAAUCACCACAAACCAUAAUCAGAUGUUCCAGUAUUUCAUUACGGUGGUACCUACCAAACUGCACACGUCCAAGGUGUCGGCAGACACACACCAGUUCUCUGUGACGGAGAGGGAACGGGUGAUCAACCAUGCGGCGGGCAGCCACGGUGUGUCUGGGAUCUUUAUGAAGUACGACACCAGCUCUCUGAUGGUGACGGUCAGUGAGCAGCACAUGCCCCUCUGGCAGUUCCUGGUACGACUCUGUGGCAUCAUCGGGGGUAUCUUCUCCACCACAGGCAUGAUCCAUGGGUUUGUUGGCUUCUGUUUGGACAUAGUCUGCUGUCGCUUCAAACUAGGCCCAUAUAAACCUAGAGUGGUGGUUCUCCCAGAUGCCCAUGUGAACAACCAUGCUGCUCCGCUCCUGACGGACAACCACAUACAGGAGUAGCCCUCUGACCCGGGCCCAUAUCCAUCUACUCUCAGAGUAAGAGUGCUGAGCUUGGAUCAGUUUUGCCCUUUUGGAUCAUAAUCAAUACGAUUAUAUGGACAGAUCCUAGAUCAGCACUCCAACUCUGAGACGCUUUGUGGAUAUGGGACCCGGAGCCUGCUGCUGAUCGUGCCCCUACUGUCCCUUCACCUGUGGGGGAAUACAGGAAGCCAAGUCUGUGGAUUGCUGGGAGUUUGUUUUGAACCAAAUAAGAGUAAACUGCUUAGGAUCCGACAAUCAGAAUUGUUCUAUUUAUUGUUUUGGGGGUGUUGUAAAAUUGUUGUGGACAGUAUCCUCAUAUGACUACCAUUAUAAUAUAUUUAUAUCCUGUAAAUAUGUAUUUUACACUGAAAAAUGGAAAGCAGUUAACUCCCCAGUUUGAUCAGGCUUUUAGUGUGUAAGGGUGUUGGGGGUGUAAAUUCAGCUGACUAGGCUGAAUGAAAUCUGAUCCUUCUAUGAUGUAAUUCAUAUGUCCAUCACACAUGGUUGCUGGACACUAGACAGUGUUUGCUCCUCCAUGAUAUUACUAUACUAGUGAACCUGCAUUGGUAUGGAUCAUGCAGACAUUGGAAAAUGAUUAACUUGCAUAUCAUGUUUGCUCUAUUACUAUCUAUUUGAACUGUUGUUCAGUAUCUGUUUCACAUGUAAUCUGUCAAUGGGAGAUGUCCUAUUAAAUGUGUUUUAGUGCACUUCAUCCCUUCAUGUUGUACACUUUACAUUCAUUUAAAUAUCUCUCGGUUCCUAUCCCCACUAUCCUCUGUUGAUGGGGCAUGCUCUUA